AUGAGGUCUCUGGUUUUUGCCCUACUCCUGGGAGCUGUGUUUGCCACAGAGGAUGACAAAAUUGUUGGAGGGUAUGAGUGUACGCCUCAUUCUCAGCCCCAUCAGGUGUCUCUGAACUCUGGCUACCACUUCUGUGGUGGCUCCCUGGUCAACGAGUACUGGGUGGUGUCUGCUGCCCACUGUUACAAAUCGUCAUUUGACCUCUCUUUCAGCAAAAUGGACAUUGUUCUGGGUGAUCACAACCGUUGGUUCAUGGAUGGCAAUGAACAGAUCAUUCCUGCUGCCCGCGUGAUCCCGCAUCCCAACUAUGAGUCCUGGUUCGUUAACAAUGACAUCAUGCUGAUCAAGUUGAGCAAACCUGCCACUAUCAACCAGUACGUCCAACCUGUGGCUCUGCCCACUAGCUGUGCUCCUGCUGGCACUAUGUGCAAAGUCUCUGGAUGGGGCGUGACCAUGAGCUCCUCUGCUGAUAGCAACAAGCUACAGUGCCUGGACAUCCCCAUCCUGUCUGAUGAGGACUGUGACAACUCCUACCCUGGCAUGAUCACCGAGGCCAUGUUCUGUGCUGGAUACCUGGAGGGAGGCAAGGACUCCUGCCAGGGUGACUCUGGUGGUCCUGUUGUAUGUAACAGGGAGCUGCAGGGUGUUGUGUCCUGGGGCUUUGGGUGUGCAGAGAAAAAUCACCCCGGUGUCUAUGCCAAGACCUGCAUAUUCACAGACUGGCUGCACAGCACCAUGGCCACUUACUGA